UAACAUGGAGAGGACGCAUGGUAAGACUGCUUCAUCACUCACUGCCCUGUCCUCUCGCAGCAGCUCACUGCCACUGGUGGUAUACUCCCGAAACAGUCGGCUCCUUUAGAUCUGAUUAUUCAAUUCUAGCUCCUUUAGAUCUGAGCGUUUCUGAUCCGGAGAUGCAGAGUCAUAUAGAGAAGAGUCUUUAUAACGGUCAUGCUUUAUUCAAAGUCUCCUAUUCGAUUGGUUAUAUGGAUAUAUGGGAAGCAGCUACCUUGUCUAUUAAGAAAGAAGGCUACAGCAUCAAACCUACUAAUGACCCUGUAAUUACAGAAAAGUUCUCCUCUUCUACUAAUAUUGUGAUUCCCUUUGAUCAGCCUGCGGAUUUUGUGAUUAUUGGUAGCGAUGGCGUGGAGCAUCUCUGUCGAGUGGGCAAUGAUGCAACAGAUCUUAGCUGCUCAAGAGACACAAUUGUGCUCACCCUUAGAUUAUUUCUUAAGAAGGCUCUGCAGAGAAAGAAGGGGAAGAAAAAAGGAUUUUUGUUUAACAAAUGAGUUUUUGGUAAAUAGUAUUGUUGGCUCUUUUUUUUUUUUCUUCUCUGG